UAUUUUUUUUUUUCAAGAAAUCAUAAAUAUUUUAUUAUUAUAUUGAAUAAAUAACAUUCAUAAUAUAUUAACAAUUUGUAUAAAAUUAACUUUUAUUAUAUACUUCAUUUGUGAUUAUAAUGUACUUAAUCAAUAAUAUUGCAUGUAAUCCAAAAUAGGAAUUAGAUAAAGGAUUUAAAUAAUUUCUAAAAUCAUAAACAAAAAUAAGCGUUGUUUGUCGCAUCUAUUCUAUAUAUCGUUUAUGGCCAUAUGUUGUCUGUAGUUUACAAUAAUAUUAUACGUGUAGAAUAUCAAAACGAUGUCGAAAAUACAGUAAUAGCUACUUUCACCAGCGAACACUAUACGACAAGUUCCGCGUACAUAUAGAGUUGAUAGAAAAGUAAGAGUAAAAUACUUUUUCUUUUUUUUCGUAUGAAACAUUUAUUUUCACCAACUAGGGAAUUCACUCUAUCGAUAACUUCAUCCAUUAUUUUACCGGUAACCAUGCAAAUUUCGCUAUUAUAAAUUUUAUUUGAAAAAAAAUUAUAAUUUUCUAAAUUAAAUGAAUUUAAACUAUGUCAUUGUGUUGAAUGUUUUUACAAAAUAUCAUUAUAAUAUUUAAUCUAUUAUUAAUAUAAUAUUUAUAAAUAUAUUUAAUAUAAUUUAUUUUUAUAAAUUAUUAAAUAAUUCAUAACACGAAAGUGAUUUAAAAUGUAAUUAAAUUAUUAAAAAAUAUACGAAUAUUAAAAAUCAAAUAAAAUUACGUAUAAACUAUAGAUCACAAAUUUCGUGUAAAACUAUAAUAUAAAUUUUAAACAAACAAAAAUUUAUCCGAAAUCGUAAAAAUCUAAUCAUAACAAAAAAUACGACAUUCAAUUUUGAAUGAUACAUUUUUAAUAUAUAAUAAAAAAAAAAGCAAUUCUCUUAUAAUAAAGAACUUGAUGUUCGAUUUUCUACAAGGUCCUUCAGAUCCUACACAUACACUUAUAUAUACACACAUACAUAUAUUAUAUACAUCUAUUACGAUGUUUAUAUAUAUAUUUGGAUUGCAUCCAAGAGAAGGAAGGAACGAAUGAAAAGUAGGAGACUACCUUUCUCCUAAGAUGUGCGCUAGAAACUUAUUUCUUUCAUUUCUUUGCAAUGCACGCAACUAGAACGAUCAAAUAACGAAGACGUGAUAAUUUUGUAUACAUUAUUUAUGCUAAAUUAUAUUUUUGCGUGAUAUUGGUCCGUUUAAUCAUUCCAUAUACGAGGAUUAUAUCGGUAACGCUUAUAGUGAUUUAUGACAACGUGAUAUUUUCAGCAGAAUGUUGAUUAUUUUUUAGUACAUUUCAUAGAUAGAUAUAUUUUAAGUGAAAGAAUUGAUUCUAUUAUUCCUCUAUACUUGAAAAUGAGAGGAAAAAAUGAGCAAAAACAUCGAUAUUCAGAAAAAGAAGUGGACUUCACAGAUGUAGUAGAAUUAAAACUACAGACGCUUUUAAAAGAUGGAACAAAUACUUUCAUGGAUUUCGAAUGGCUAGAACCAAAAUUACCGUCCUUUUUCGAUGAAAAAAAAUUUCUUCUCGGUCAGCAGAUGUUUUAUAACAAUGCUUUCACCAUGAUGAUUGCCAAACUGUGUGGAUUGUUAUCUUUAUUCGCUAUACCAUCGAUCAAGGACGUUUUAAUGUUCACUGGACAGAGUGGUACACCAUGUACAGCGUUUCGCAGAUACGUAUCCACUAUUUUGCACAAUUGGAUUUGGUAUGGAAAAAGAGCUGGUAUAGAAAAAGAAUUUCUCGAGUCGUUGAAAAUUGUGCGAAAAAAACACUGCGUAGCGUUUCGAAGAAGUUCAGAAGCAGGGCUGAACAGAGUCUCGCAACUGGAUAUGGCAUUGGCUCAAUUUGGAUUCAUGGGUUUCACCCUUUUGGGCGGUGACUAUCUUGGGGUGAAUAACAAUUUCGAGGAACUAGAAGGACUGAUUCACUUCUGGCGAGUCAUUGGCAGUAUGUUAGGCAUGGAAGACAAAUACAACAUAUGCACUGGAAGCGUUGAAGAAACACUUGCUCUUUGUAGACGACUUCUAGACGAAGUUUUUCUUCCAUCACUCGCUUCUAGUGAUAAAGAUUUCGAGGAAAUGAGUCGUGUUUUAAUCAAAUCUCUAUGGUCCGUGAAUCCUUAUUUAGAUUCAACCGCUUUCGUCCAAUUCACUUUUAUUUUUGCAUCAAGUAUUGCUACGAAUAAUAAUCAUUCGUUAAAAAUAGCUCCAUCAACUAUGUCGUGGUACAGCAGAUUUAUAUUGAAUCUUCAGUUAUUUACACACAAAUACCUGCUACCAUCUUCUUAUUGGUGGUCCAGAUUCUUCAGGGCGUUCUUCAAUAGUCAAAUGCGAUUAGCGAUUUAUUUGACGGAAAAUUUGCCAUUUCUGGCUUUCUGGAACUAUGGUAUAAAACAUUCUUACGUCGAUAUAUAUAAAUAUCGCGUCAAUAUCCGAACUUAAACUGCAAACGAAUAAUUAAAGAAGAUAUUUUCCCUAUCUAAAAUGUACAUAAUUUGAAAUGAUUAUAUUAAUAUAUAAAAUGUUAACUUAUUAUAUAUAUCAAUAAGAUACAUAUAUUAAAAUAUAUUUUGUAAAUGCUUAAAGUAUAAGUUAAUAAGUUAAGAUCGAUUUUAAGUAGAAAUUCGAUUUAGAAAAUAAGGAUUAUAAUAGUUUUAUGUUAAUUAUUGUACCUGCAAUGACAAGAAAAUUCGUACUUAGAGAAUAAUUUGUAAAACUGUAUUUAAAAUUAUGUAUUGACUAAAUGUAAAUAUAGAUAUAUUUGUACAUACGUAUAAUAUAGUAAUAUGCUAAAUACAAUCUCAAACUAAAACUAUA